AUGUCUUCAACCAAGAAAAUUGUCGUGGUUGGCGCUGGUGCUUCUGCCAGAUGCGUCAUUAAAAACUUGCGAGCAGCCAACGAGGGUGACCCAAUGCACAUUACCGUCGUUCAACCAAAUGAUUUCGCCAGCAUGCCCUUUUAUCAAACGUUGGUGUUGACCAAACGGGAUACCUUUGCUGAAAAUUCAACCUUUGUGGAAAUUGAUGGCUCGAGUACCACUAUCUACGGUGUGGCAGUUGGUUGUUCCGAUGGGACUGUUGCAGUGCAACCCCUGGACAAGUCUAAACCCGUUCAGAAUAUUGACUUUGAUAUUUUGGUGUGUGCUACAGGAUUUGCCAUGCCUGUCAUUUGCGAGACUCCAGGACAAACCAAGGACGAACGCAAAGCGGAAAUUGAUCGAUAUUCGAACGCUCUUCUUUCUGGAAAGAAUGUGGUCAUCGCUGGUGGAGGUACCGUCGGAAUCGAGCUGGCUGCUGAUUUAUUGGAGACCCUACCAGAAGGCAGCCGAAACGGCAAGGUCACCUUGGUUUGUUCUUCCGACCAUUUGCUAGCAGACCAAUCUCCCAAUUAUGGCCGUCGAUGUAAGGAAGUCUUGGAAGAAUUUGGCUGUGAUUUCAUUUUCAACGAUCGUGUUAGUUCCCAUACCGACUCGAUGGUCAGCGAAGGAAAACCAAUCGAAUUGACGUUAAAGAGCGGGAAGAACUUGGAUUGCCACGUCUAUGUGGCUGCCUAUGGUCGUGGUGCCAAUACGGAUUGGUUGACCAAGCCAGCUGCCGGCAAGGAUCCGCUACCUGCCCAGUUGUUGAACGAAAAGAGACAAGUCAUUGUCGAUGAGUACAUGCAAGCUGCAGCAUAUGACAAGCUCUAUGCCAUGGCGGCCACAUCUAAUCGACAAGAAAUUUCAAUCUUUAUGAACGUUGACACACAAGCCCAGACAGUGGCCAAGAACAUAAUCAAGCCGAAGUCUGCCAAGCAAGGUGAUGGGAGUCAACAUGUCAUGUACCAAAUUGUGGGGCACGAUACCUUUGGCUUUUUCGUUCCCGAAUCUUGGCCCAUGCCUUCUUUCGUGACUACAGUCUGUUGCCAUUGGUGUGGAUUUCCCUGCAACAUGAUAUUCCCCUGUUGCUGGCCAUGUCCCCUAGUGCUGGGAUACUGCUGUGGACCGCCAGAAGGAAAGGGCCUAACCGAUGCAAUGCGUAUUUCCAAGAGAAUGAAAAUGGCGGCGAGGAACUCUGGAUAUUACGUCAAGGGAAAGAUUGGAUAUGGGGAGGAAAUGGAGCGAUCUUAA